CAGAAUCUCAAAGUCAUGUAAAUAAGCACAAGUAGUUUGCUUGUGGAAGAAAAACAUCCUGCUCAGUCAGAGAGCUCAGAAGAACAGUGAGGUGUGUUAGUGCUGCAAGACUGAUCAUCUACCUCCUUCAGAUUUUAGUGAAUCCUCCAGCAACACAUAAGCAAUGAAGCAUCAUCUUUUUGUGCUCCUGCUUUUCACAGGUGUCCUUACCCUUGUCCUGUCUUUCUCUCGUAAAUACUAUCUGAUCCAGCAGAGCAAAACAUGGAACGAUGCUAAGGCUUUCUGCCGAGCCACAUACACUGACCUGGCUAUCAUCAAAACUAAUGAAGAGAUGGCCCAACUUCAGAACGUUUCACAGACACAACAAUUCGGAUCCAAUGCUUGGAUUGGACUGUACACUAACAUCAACAAGUGGCAAUGGACAUUGGACAAUGAGCUGCUUGGAAGCUAUACACCUUGGUCUAAUUGGGAGCCUAAUGACUGGCUAGGAAAUGAACGUUGUGUCUCUAUUAUCCUUAUGGAAUGGGUUGAUGCACCAUGUGAAUGGCAGAUACCAUUUGUGUGCUUUGAUGACAGGAAGACUGGAGCUGACAGGUACAUUCUUAUUACUCAGUCUAUGAUAUGGUAUGAUGCUCAGAGUUACUGUAGGCAGUACCAUACAGACCUGGCCAGUGUGAGAAACACAACAGAAAACUUAAUUGUUGGGGCAUUGAACACUCUGAUGUUCACUUGGAUUGGCCUUGUGAGAGACCCCUGGUAUUGGACAGACCAGACCACCAAUGUGUCCAUCAUUAAGUGGUCAUUUGGAUCAGUUAAUGAUUAUCUGAAGAAUAAAAGUUGUGUCUAUUUAAAUGGUGGUCUGUCUCAGGCUAAUGUAGAACAGUGCUCAAACAUACUGCCUUUCUUCUGUUACGUAUUCCCAACACAGAAGAAGACCAUAAGAAUGAAGCUGAAGUCCAGUAAGGAUGUGAAUGAUCCUAAAAUAAUGACAGCUAUUGAGGAGAAGGUGGGUUUCAUCUUCACUCAACGUACAGUCACCUUCUCAUUACUGCAGCCAGACCUCGAGCCUUCAUCACACUGA